GGUUCCUCUUUGCAGCUUGUCUUUUAGCUAGCUAGCUAGCUGGCUAACGUGAGCUAACAGGCUAACCUCGGCUGCUGGAGCUCGAAUGGUUUGAGCUUGUCUUUUCUUGUGAAAAGCGUUUGCACUAAGCCCUCGUACGGGUAAAACUCAGUUGUUUGUGUCAUUGUUUUGUUUACAUCGCGAUAGCGCCAGCUUAUCACCGACAGCAGAGUGGCGGUGGUCGUCCGCACAUUGGCGGAGCAGGCCGGGGAGUCUGAUCCCAACACUCCGCCCCCUCCGCCAUCAUAUCUGGUGUCAUUUGAACCUACAAACGAAGGCCUUUUCUCAACGCUUACCGUGUGCUAGGUUAGGUAGCAUGCUAGCUAACACAUAUCUGUUAUGCAACAGAAAUAUGAUAUUGUGGGGCAAAUACUGUUGUAACUAUUAAUUUAUAUUAACUUCCCCAAACAUCGACCUGCUGUAUUUAGCUUGAAAGACGAACAGUGUGCUAAUGUAGCUCGCAACCACUGACGGUAACGUUAGCUAAUGUCAACUCGAGCUGGUUCAUGUGUUAUAUAUGUUAGCCGUCUUUACGACCAAACAAUUUAGCAUUGUUCCGGUUGUUAAAAGUUAGAAAUUGUUGUACAUUGAAUGGGACUUUUUAGCAUAGCUUCACGGUCUACACUCCCGCAGUUUGAAUUCAUUAGCCCGCCACGUUUUGAAGUGCUCAACACUUGAAAAUAUUCAAAUGCAGAAGAAAUUUGAUAUUCUGCAAGCAACCUUGUUCCUGUGUGAUUUAGCUUCAGUUUCUCAGUGAGAGUGGUGCGAAGGGAGGACAGGAAAUAAAAGGAGUUACCUGGAGGGUCUCCGUCAAUCCACAUUUCAGUUGGAGCGCGAGAGAAAAGGCACGGAGGGGAGAGAGAGAAAGGAGAAGAGAAGUGCGAGUCGCGUCUGCUCUCGGCAGCUGUUCCAGCAGCCUGUUUCAUUGUGUUGGCUGUUAUUUAGUUCCUGCGUUACCUUUUUGAUGAAUCAGUUCAUAUUUUUAACUUUAAUGUGAGAUAAUAACUGCUGUAAAAACAAAAAAGGAAAAAAAAAGAAAACAUUAUUACUAGCAAGAGUGUUUUAUUUUGUUCCAUUGUUAAUUUCCGAGGUUCUUUUUGUUUCUUUUUUUAUGUUUAACAACCUUUUUCGGCUGUGAGUAGCAGGAGCUUCCAUUCUCCAAACGUCGAACCCCCAUUUCCUUACCUAGUUAGGACCUGAUAACCUGGUAUUCCUCAAGCACCUGAAACUGGCAGCUAUUCUCUUUGUGUCUGUGUGUUUGGGGAGCUCUGUGACCACAGCUUAAGCACCACUCAGCCUUCUAGUCACCUAAGCCUAACUAAAGCCAGCCAGCUCUAGCCUGGUCCAGCCCAGUCCAGCCUGCUCCGAUCAUCUGGACAGGAUACUCAGUUCUGUGUGGACGUGAGGAAUAUGACUGCUGAGACUCUUAACUUCGGCCCAGAAUGGCUCCGUGCACUGUCCAGUGGGGGGAGUGUGACGUCCCCCCCUCCUUCACCCGCCAUGCCAAAGUACAAGCUGGCCGAGUACCGCUACGGCCGAGAGGAGAUGUUAGCACUUUAUAUCAAAGACAACAAGGUCCCAGAGGACAUGCAGGAUAAGGAGUUUGCUGCUAUUCUGCAAGAUGAGCCCAUGCAGCCACUGGCACUGGUGCCUCUCACUGAGGAGGAGCAGAGGAACUUCUCCAUGUCUGUGAACAGUGUGGCAGUGCUGAGGCUCAUGGGAAAAGGGGUGGGUGGUGCUGCCCCAGCUGGAGUGGUCAGAGGACGAGGGGCCACACGAGGCGGUCGAGGACGAGGUCGUGGUGAAGGUGGAUUCUACCAAAGAAGUAUUGAAGAGGCGGAGGUGGGUUUUGGCCGCAGUGUUCGAGAGAUACACCGCAGCCAGAGCUGGGAUGACCGCGAGCGUGAGCGUCGAUUUGAGAAGCCGCUGCGUCGGGAGGUGGGGCGUCCUGGUUUUGAAGAGUCUGUGGGUCCCGUGGGUCCAGGGAGGAAGGAGUACACAAGGGCUGACAGCGAUAACUGGCGCACCCUCCGGGAAGAGCAGGACGAGGAGGAGGGGGAGCCAGGCAGCAGCUGGAGACUGACUGGACCCCGCAGGGAGGUACUUGGGACAGCAUCCUCACUGAUGGCGGUCAAUUUAUUGUCAGAUGGCGGCCCUCGCUCAGCAGGCUGGCGGGACCAUGGUCCAGGUGAAAGUCGGAGGAGGAAGUUUGAUUUUGACUUCCGGGACUCUGAGGGUCAUGGCGGUGGCCGCCGGCGUGCAGGCAGUGAGGGAGUAGAGGAUGACAGGGACGGCCUGCCUGAGUGGUGUACAGAUGAGGAAGAUGGGGAGAUGGGCACUUUUGACUCCUCUGGAGCUUUCAUGCCUAUGAAGAAGAGUGGCAAGGAGACAAUCCUGGAGGAGGAGUUAGAGUUUAAGGGGAUAGAGGAGGAUGAAGAAGAGGAGAUAUUUGCUGACACUGAGAGGAACUGUGCUGAAGGAGACAAAGACAAGGAGAGUAAAGAAGCCGGCUCUGCUGUAGGGGAUAGUGAGACAAAGCCUGCAUCGCCCUCUUCUUCUCCUCCAGUCCACUGUACCCCUCCGUUCCUGGAGCCUCGACCCAGCAACACUGGCCCAGUGGUGGACAACCCUCAGCUGAACAACAGCCACCCUGUCAAUGCCAGCAGCACACCCAGUGAAGAUGUGGCUCCGGUAGGGGGCUCCAAGGCCCAGCUGAGCCCCAGCGUCCCCACCUCCUCCAGUCUGCCUCCCCCACCCCCUUCCUCUGCUGCUCCUCUCCUCCCUCCAUCUGGAGGAGACACCGAGGACGACGAGGGCAUGAAGCACCUGCAGCAGGAGGCAGAGAAGAUGGUGGCAUCACUGCAGGACACUUCUUUGGAGGAGGAGUGUUUCACCCAGGCUCUGCAGCAGCAGCAGGAGAGCAGGAACACAGCAGCCGCGUUGCCGCUUUCACAUGAGGCUGCCAUGAAGUGGUUCUACAAGGACCCACAGGGAGAGAUCCAGGGUCCAUUCACCACUGUGGAGAUGUGUGAGUGGUUCCAGGCUGGCUACUUCACCAUGACCCUGCUGGUGAAGCGGGGCUGCGACGAGGGCUUCCAACCCUUGGGGGAUGUCAUCAAGAUGUGGGGCCGCGUGCCCUUCGCCCCGGGGCCUUCCCCGCCGCCCCUGCUGGUGAGACAGCCACCACCAACGCAGCGCCCGCAGCCCACCCGGGGGCCCGCCGGGACUGUGAGUCAGAGCUCAGCCAACGUAGAGGAUGGGGAAGGGAGGAUGCAGAGGAGAGGGAAGCUUGAUAGACAGGUCACGGGAAACCUGGACCAGGAGCGCCUGAAAAAGCAACAGGAGCUGGCAGCAGCAGCAGCUCUAUAUCAGCAGCUCCAACAGCAGCAGCUAUUCCAGCUCAUUAACAGGUGCAGUGAGCAGGGUAUGAUGCCUUCGAUGAACAGGUCGAUGUCAGUGCCAGAUACAGGGUCCAUGUGGGACAUGCAUACCUCAGCUUCACAGCCGUCAGGCGGUGAAGCCAGUCUUUGGGACAUAACAAUGAAUCCUUCUACUCAGGGUCCAACUCUCGAACAGCUUCAAAAGCUCCAGCAGGAGAGGCGAGACGCUGAACUCAGGGCGAAGCGCGAGGAGGAGGAGCAGCGUAAGAGGAGGGAGGAGAAGAGGAGGCAACAGGAAGAGCAGAAGAGGAGGGAGGAGGAGGAGCUCUUCAGACGCAAGCAGUGUCGUCAGCAGCAGGAACUGAUCAUGAAGUUGCUGCAGCAGACCCCCCAGCAGCAGGGUCCGGGGGCAAGCAGCUCAGGCUGGAGCGGGGCUCCCUCCUCUGGGCUUGCCAAGGCAGGAAAGCCCCAGGCUCUGGCUCUGCUGGAAAUGCAGCAGGAGGCCGAGAGGCUCCUGAAGCAGCAGCAGCAGCAGCGAGCCCAGCAGCAGAGAGACCGCCACUCUGGCAUGUCGAUGGGCAGCUCCUCCAUGGGAGGGCAGUGGGUGGACGGUGUUGGCAUGUGGGGCGGGCCUGGUGGUAUGGAGGGCAAGAGUGGCAGUGGAGGCUCUUCAAGCAGCAUGGGCAUGUGGGACGAGGCUGUGAAGAACCAGGGCGGCCUGCGUGGCAACAGCAACAACAACAUGGGCUUGAAGAACAGCCGCAGCAGCCCUUCUCUCAGUGAACAGUACAUGAUGCGUCGUAAGCGGACAGAGGAGGAGGAGAAGCUGCUGAAGCUGCUGCAGGGCAUGAAGCCUCAGGACGGCUUCACCACCUGGUGUGAACAGAUGCUACAUGCUCUCAACACCUCUGCCAACAACUCCUCCUCCUCUCUGGAUGUUGCCACAAUUGUGGCAUACCUGAAGGAGGUGGAGUCUCCCUAUGCAGUGCUGGACUUCAUCCGGUCCUACCUAGGGGACACAGUGGAAGCCAAAGAGUUCGCCAAACAGUUUCUGGAGCGACGUGCCAAACAGAAAGCCAACCAACAGAGACAGCAGCAGCAGUUAUCAAAGGAAGUGGCUGGAUUGAACAUGAACUUCCCUCUGCAGGACUCAAUGCGAGGUAUGAAUCCAAGCACCCUGCAGUCCAUGUUUCAAGCCAACCACAUGGGCAAAGCUGGUCUCUAUGACAACCAGGGGGGAAAGAUGAAGAAAAAACAGCCCAUGAUGCUGCACUCUGACCCCAGCAUCUUAGGGUACUCAUUCCACAACGCAGGCGAGUGUCUGAGCCUGAAUGAGAUGGAGAUGGUGGAGGAUUACUGAUGUGACGCAGCGCAGCAGCAAUAGCUACCUGAGGCCUUCUGUCUUUUAAUCAGACAAACCUGAUGACGAAUGUGCACUGCUGGGGGAACCGGGGGGGUGGGGAUGGGAAGGGAGUGAGUGUGAGGGGAGGUUCAGGGUGGAGGCGCCUGGAUCUGCGCCUCCCACUCUUUCCUUCCCUCUGGCAAAAAAAAAAUGGGCUCCCUGCUGCACCAGUUGAUCACUUGAGCAGGGGGGUGAUGAGGGGUGAGGUUAAAAGGAAGAUGGUAUCCUCUGGCACUCAAAAGAUUAAGCACCUUAUACUGAACUAAUGCACUUUAUUGAGAUGGGAUUUGAAUAGUUUUUUUUGUGUGUGUUGGGAGUUCGCGCGCAUACGGUGUGUGUACACACACACAUUAUCUGUGUGCAUGUGCAUCAGAACUGGAAGAGGGCGGUGAAAUGGUCGGGCUGUUAGGUUUUCAAAGUCAGGGGGACCUUUAGUUGAAACCUUAUCAGAGAGCAAAUCCUUUCUCAAAAGACAAACACUGUUGAUAUUACUCUUGUCUAGCAUUUUUUUUACGUUUAUAAUAAAAGUAAAGCUAUUGAAAAAUGGAUUAUAAAAAAACUUGAAGAUUUGCACUUGCCUAAAAAAGAAAUGACAAAAACAACAAAAAAAAUCAAACCAAUGGGGUUAGCUAUAGAAGUGAAUAUUUUUGUGAAUGUGUAUGAAUGACUGAGCGAGUGACUGUGUGAGAGUUGGUUUGUGUCAGUAAUAUACCAGUCUGCACAAUGUUUUGUUUUUUUUCCUUUUGUUGCUUACCAAGACGUAUGAAACAUAAGAGGCCAUUUUUGUCUUUUUUGUUCAAAUGGUAAUUUUGUAUUCUCAUGUUAAGAGAGAGAGAGAAAGAGAGAGUGUGUGCUUGUGUGUGAGAGAGAGAGAGAGAGAGAGUGUGUGUGUCCCUUCUCCAAACAGGGACAUUUUGACAGAGAGAGUGAAUGAAUGAGAGAGAGAGAGAGGGGGCAAUUGCACAACACAUCCUUUCUCUCACCAGCUCUUCAUCCCCAGAUAGACGAAAUAGAAAUGCAUACAUUUGUAAAUGUUAGCUUUGAGCUCAUAACAUGAUGACCACCACUAGUUUAUUUCCCUUAGCUUCUCCACACGGGGAGCUGUCUCUAGACCUGUAAGGACUAGAGACAGGGCAAAUCAUGAGGGACAUUACUGUGCGUGCAUCAGAAUGAGACUUUGUAUGUAUGUGUUUUUCAGUGUGCAUGUUCAUUUACUGUUCAUAGAAAUGAGUUAAGACUACAGGUACUCAUUUUGAAUACAUGUGCUUUUUUUGUAUGUGUAUGAAUGCACAAUUGUGCCUAAGAACUUGGAUAGGGUGCGUGGCCAUUGAGACAUUAACUCUUUUUUGAGAGCGAGUGCGAUGUGUGUCAGUGCUCAGCACAGUGUAUGUAAAGUAUGUACGUUUAUAUCGUAAAUAUUUCUAGUUCAGUCUAGGGGUGAUCCAUCGGAAGGUUAGUCCAGUCUGUUUUCCUGGGGUGUGAUCACGUUGCCUUUUGUCAGCUCUCGAACUUGUGAAUGAAAGGUGUCGAGUUUCUGACUCUGAAAAAAAAAAAAAUACAGCAUCUUAAUGUGCAAGUGCACAGAACGGUGCAUGAAAUGUUAGCAUAUUGUGUUACCUAUUCGUUGUUGCAAUUUGAUAAUGACGAGUUUUCUUUUUUAAUGAAAAAUAUAUAUGAAUAUAUACAUUAUAUACAAAGUUUAAAAAGUAUUUGGACUAAGAUAAUGAGCACUUGGGGCUGCUAUUUUUGUUGUGUGUUAAUUUUUUUUUUCCUUAAUUUGUUUUUCAUUUUUGUUUCAUUAUCGCCAUGUGAAGUGUGUGUGUGUGUGUGUAUUAUUUCUUUCUUAAGAAAACAUUGAAUGUAUUCCAAAAAAAUGACAAGAAAACCGUGCUGAUACCAGAUAUUAUUUUUUUUUUUUCUCAGAAGAUUUCAAAAAUGGAAACAAAAUACAAAAAUGCUUUGAAAGAGUUUAGCGAGGACUUUUUUUUAUUUACACACAGUGGAGAAGAAAAAAAAACUUGGGAUGGAUACAGUUGAACACACUGCCUCUACAAUCGUGGUCGUACAAAUGGUGACUAAGAAUUAAAAGAAAGGACUCUUUCUAUUCCAUACUGGAGCUUUGGUUGUUUACAAACCACAUGGAUAUCUGUGGGUGCAGGUUUUUUGUUUUGAGUUUUGUUUUGGUUCCCACAUGAGACGGGUGGGGUUUGCAAGUGCGCUUCUGCCAUAUGGACAUUGAGUGGUGUUGGUUUGAGGAAGAGUUGCAGGCACCACAACAACAUGGACAAGAUCCUCCAACAGGAACUUUUGUGUGUGGUCGUGGAUCCUGAGACUUGGCGAUCAACCGUGGAGCGGAGGCGUGAAAAUCAAGGACGGGCUCUGUUUUGUAGAGAACAGAGUGCAGGGGCUGCAUAACCCUAGAGGGAACUGAGAGGGCGGUAUGAGUACACCUGGUUCGUGCUCAUGUCUUCACCUCAACCCUCAUACGCACUCACACCCUGCCCUCACCAACUCACCUAUGCACUUUUGUUCAUUCAAGCUGUGAGGUACCAUUUUGGGGAUGGGAGCACAAUUACAACAGGAGGAUUGCUAUGACUUUGACAAAGUCACCGAAAAGAUAUUCCCAAACUGAAAUAAGAGACUCGAGAAGCUUGUCUUCUCCCACCUCCUGUAUAUAACCAUAUUUUUGUAUUACCUUUCAGAGUAGAAAGAAAAUUUGCAAAUGGAUGAAGGAAAAUUCAUGAGACAUUGAUGAUGUGGAUGAAUGUUCUUCAAGAAAAAAACAAUCUUUUUGAAUAUAGUUUGACAUAGACUCGCUGUGAGUUUCCCUUAGUUUGCCAGUAACCCUGAAGUAAUCGGGGCCGGAAGGGGGGAAAAAAAUCACAUGGACAUUGAGGUGUUGGACAUACCACAGUGGCUCCAAGACUGACUGAUAGUUACUUAUCAAAAUGGAUGUUGCUGUCGCUAGAAAGAGCCCCACCAAGAGUGUUUGAUCAACAUGCAAAGUAAAGAGGCAGACUUAGGUUUGAAGAUCUGUUGGAACAGGAUGCUUCCACUUCAUCUCCCAACCAGAUGACUACCUUCAGAGCUAUAGUGACUGCAUGAGGAAAUAUCCUUGGCAUUGGGUUGUUUGGACCGUGAAGGGUGAUGCUGGUCUCGUGCUCUUUCUUUCUGUCUUCUCACAGGAGCCCGGCUGUGUUUUAUUUGCUGCCCUCUGCAAGGAGGAUCUAAUCCACAGCCAACCCAUAAACCAGUUAACCCUAAACCUGUCCUUUUGAACUUAAACCCUAAGAAACUUUUCUGUCUUGACCUUGGACUGGGCAGGCCAUUGGCAUUAUCAGUUGGACAGUUACCAGAUGAAGUUAACAGGUGUCAUCAACCAUGGAUCCCAUGGUGUUGGAGGUGAUAGACUCAUCAGGCGCUUUCCAGCGAUGGAAAAGGAUAAAGAGGCACGUAUUGCCCAGAUGUCAUCACUCACCUCAGCCUGAAACUCUCAGGUGUUUGCGUGGAGGUCUUUUUUAUUUUAUUUUUUUUUACCAGCGGGACAGAAGCAGCUGGAUUUACACCUAAACCACCAGAAGUCUCUGCAGCUGAGGAACUGGAUGAACUGAACGAAUUGUACAAAAAAGACUUUGAAACAUGACAAAACACAUAGCUACAUGUCACAUAGAUUCUAGAGUCCAGAGGAGUUGCAGACACUACAGGCACACCUACAGACAACGCAACGUACGCUCAGUUACACUGGCUCUCCUCUGGAACCACGUCUGCACACACAACGGCUACAUCAAUAUCAAAUAACACAGAUACAGACACACACACAAGCAUCAACGCUCAUCAGUAUAAACCCUGAGCUUUGUAAAUAAUGUAAAACUUUGUGUUUUGAAUUUUCUCAUAGUGGUUUUUGCUUUAUUUCUCUGUUCAACAUGCCUUAAAUUGUAUAGUUCAGUCCUGAAUGGCUAACUGAAAAUGUUCUCUAAAUGAUGACUUUAAGUUGGGAACCACCUUGUUGACUGUCCUCUAAAGUCAAAGAAAGAAUGCUUUCUACAAGACUAUUUGUUUGCUAACAGUCUGUUGUGUACCUGAUACACAUACAUCUGAAUAACGUGAAAGUUAGCUACAGAAUAGAGCAGUACACAGUCUUUGAUUAAUCUGAUUUUGCUGGUGGUUGGCUUUUUUUGCCCUUUUGGUUUCUUUAAAAUGAAGAGUGGAUAUGUUCUGAUUUCCUGUUUAGAUUAUUGCUGAAGGUGCAGGCUUAAUAAAGGGCUGAAGUCUGUACUGUUGGGAGCUGAGCUGACAGGGUGGGAAGCACCGAAUUGGCUUAAAACACAUACCUGUUGCUGUGUGGUAACUAUUGUUGGAUAUAUGCAAAACUGAACCAGGGCGACGGGUCCUCCUCAAAUUGAGAUACAAGUCGGGGCUUUUUGGUUCAUUCUUUUACACUCUAGGGGACUUGAAUGUUUUGGAAGCUACAAGGUACUUUUUACAGUUUUGAGAUGUCAAAUCAGGCUUGUAAUAGAAGCAUGAUUGUACGAGCAUGAUUUGUAGUUGGUGGGUUUUGACACUUAAUCUUGAGGUGGGUCAUAACUCGGCCCCUAUUGCCUCUGCUUUGUCUGUGCUGCUGACCAUCUCUGAUGGCACUGCAUACUUGAGGAAUCAACCGGUCAGUCGUGUGUUACGGGAAAGUAAAUUUCAUGUCCCGAAGAUUUGGAAAGUGUCUUGUUCCAUGUAUGUAUAUCUAAUUGGAUUUGAGAGGUCAGUGCUUUUAGUCAACCAGUAGCUUUUUUGUAUCAUUAAUAACUAAACAAUAUGCAGUUUUUAAUCAAAAUGGCAACUGAUUUUCAUUGAAUACCGACAGCUUAGACUUGCAAUACAUGUGUACAUUUCAUUGAGCUAAGGUUUUAGUGAAUUGUUACCUGCUAUAGCUGUGUACACUGAAGUAGCCAAAGUAGGCUCCAGUACGUCAUAACUGUUGAAUUGAUACUGAAUUAAUACUAAAUGGUUACUCAGUUUAAUGUUGUUGUAAUCAGUUGCCAAAACAAAGAAAUUGACUUUAACCACUUGAGUAUACUACCAAGUCUGUUAUUUGUAAAUGAGUGUAAAAAUACCUGUUUGACACUUUUAAAAGCUGAUAUUGUGUGGUUUUGGGUCAGUCUGUCUUAGAAGAGUAAACAGGUUUGUUUUACUGCACUACAUAUGCUUUUAUAAUUAGAUAAAUUACAAUAUUGUGUUUUCAAAGAGCCCUGGAUGUUUGGGUGCAGCCUUUGAAAAGAUCCUGUCCCCUGAUGGUUUGAGGUUGAUCAUGUGGUUUAUUUCAGCUCUGGAAAGUGUAGUUCCUACAAUACUUGCCUCAAAGAUAUAAUGAAAGUUGUAUCCCAGUCAGCUCAGCUCUUUUGCUUAAUAAGUCUUUGAAUGUUGUUAAAAUAACAGCAUACAUGUAAUGAAACUUUUGGAAAAGAACAAUUGAGAUGUGUAAAUAGUUUGGAUUUAGUUUGUUUUGAAGAACAAAAUAAAUACUAAAUAAAUAGCA